AUGAUUUCAAGAAUAUGGCAACAUCGUCCAAUUAGAUCAUUUUCAACUACUACAAGAUAUUUAAAUGAAUUUAUACCAACCACUCAAGAACAUCAUGAUUUCCUUGCAAGAAAUACUGAAAAACCUUUAUUUUCAAGAAAAACUUAUCUUAUAGAUUAUUAUAAACAUCUUAAUGAUUCAAAUCAAAUUUUGUUAUUUUUACAUCAUAAUAAUUUAAAUAAACCAGAUACGGAUAAAUUUAGACAUGAAAUUUCAAAAAUUGGUGGGAAAUUAAAUUAUAUAAAUAAUUCAAUUUAUAAAACUUAUUUAAAAUCUCAAUUUGAAAAAGAUCCAGCUGAGAAAGGUAUCAGUUUUAAAAAUCAAAAUGUCGAUCAUCCUUUAUUACCUUUGUUAAAUGGUCCAACUUGUAUUAUUUCAAUAAAAGAAACCAAUCCUCAAAUUAUAACUUCAUUAAUUAAAUUAUUGAAAUCAGCCCAUGAAAAAUUAAUAUUAAUUGGUGGUAGAAUUGAAAAUAAUAUAAUGAAUAUUGAUGAUAUAAAUAAAUUUAAAGAUUUACCAACAAAGGAAAAUUUACAAGGUCAAUUAUUAGGAUUAUUGACUAUGUUAAGUGGUACUGGUUUAGUACAAACUUUAUCUACACCAUCACAAAUGUUAUAUUUAACAAUGUAUCAAAGAAAAGAUGAUAUAGAGAAACAAGAAUAA